AUGACGGCAAAUACUCCCCUCGAUAUGUCUCAUCUUGGCUACGCUACCGACGCUCUGGGUAAUGAGUUGGAUCCCAUCGAGCCGGAGCGGCCCGCUUCUGGGUUUACCCAGUCUGCUGGUUCCGGCUUAUUGCGAAAUACCGACCUUGUGUCUUUACCCGAGGGCUAUCCUGGAUCCAACUUAAGGCUCGGCGAACAGUCCAUAAAUCCUAAAGUUCCUAUCCCUCGAGCUAAACAUUUCUUCAACUCGACCAGCACAGGCCGUGUCAGCCGUGCGUGUGUUAAUUGCCAUGAGCUCAAGGCAAAAUGUAGCGGCCAUCGCCCCUCCUGCCAUCGCUGCCAGGAGGCUGGGAUACCGUGUUCCUACGCCGACCGAAAGCACGAAAAGAUCCGCAAGCAACUAGAUGACGCUUCUGCUCAGAUUAACACCUAUGAAACUUUGAUACGAAAAUUAUACCCGAGACUCGACGAGGCGUCGAGGCAGCUUGUUGACCAGACCCUCGGUUACCGUUUAUUGACUACCGGUGGAAAUCGAUCUAGCUAUAGCCAUCUACAGGUGCCUUCCGCUCCUCAUGACAAAGACCUUUCUCAAUACCCUUUGGUGACUACAGACUACACGGCAGAGGAUUUCAACCGAAGUGGAAAGGUCCAGGCAAUGGGUUUUAUAGGCGAUCACUCGGAGGUAACAUGGUUGUAUAAGCUCAAACGCUUCUUGGACCAUCAUGAUAAUUGUCCAAUACUCACCUGUGAGAGCCCGGAUCAGCGUUCUGACUCCAUUUCAUCCCUGAAUUAUUUCCAGGACGACGCUCAACUCUCGAAGCUUGAUAAUGUCGACCUUUCUCAGCGGCCUCCCUGGCAUAUUGCUGACCAACUUGUGAAAACCUAUUUCCAAGCUGUACAUCAUGCUUUUCCUAUCAUAGGAAAGAACAUUUUUCUGCUUCAAUUUCGAUCAUUCUACGAAGAUCCGGACGCGCGACCUAGAACGCGGUGGGUUGCUGUACUUAAUUUAGUAUUUGCCAUCGCGUCCAAGUUCCAAUUGCUCGUUACCAACAAGGAUGAGGGACAUAGCGAUGACCAUCACACAUAUUUUGCGAGAGCGUGGCGUUUGAGUAUGCAGGAUGUCGCUCUUAUCGAUCAUCCCAACCUGCAGCAAGUCCAAGUUGAAGGACUAACUGCGUUCUACCUUCUAUCUAACUUCCAAGUCAACCGAUCAUGGCGAAUUACCGGAAUUGCAGUUCGAUCCGCAGUGGCCAUGGGCCUCAACCUCCGCAAUGCAGCAGAGACUGUCACUAAAAUCUCUAAAGAGACCCGGUACCGCGUGUGGUGGGCAUUAUGCAUGCUGGAUACAGUACUUUGCGUACGAACCGGUCGCCCACCUAGUACCGAGGCGGCCUUCUGCACUACCCCCUUACCAAUCCCCUACCCUGAGGAGGACUUCGGGCUCCAGGAAAUUGUCCAAAUUAUUGACAACCUAAGUAUUCGAAACAGUUUGGUGAACUCUCUCCUACCUGGGACUAUUGACGGCAGUGGCGAGACUGUGGAUGGGACGAAUGAACCCUGGACGAAUCAAAGUCCCAUCAUGGAGACAGUCUCGCGGAAAGGAAAAGAACCUGGGAAGACACAAUGGGAUAUCAAGAAAAAUAUUACUCCCAACAUCUCUCUGUCAUUUCUCUAUGGCCUUCAUCUGGAUUGUCUUUUGAGACGGGUCCUUGUUUCUCUGUAUGCUCCUGGGGAAACAAGGUGGUCCUGGGUCGAGAAGGAGAGUACAAUGUCAGGCCUCAACAAUAACGCCGAAAACUGGCUCUCGCGUCUCCCUGAGGAGUUUAAUUUCACGAAACUUGACGCCACUGACCCUUUCAUUCGACAACGUGCUGAUCUCGCUUUCCGCUUCUAUACUACGAAGAUCGCUAUAUCCCAACCCUGCCUCCGUCGCAUCGCCUACGAAACCUCUGCCACCAAUCCCCCGAGCACUUUCUGUAGCAACAUGGCAUUAAUAUGUGUGCAAAUGGCAUGUAAGAUGCUGGAUUUGCUCCCAAGCACCCCCGAUGCGGCCUGGCUGUAUGGAAUCUCACCUUGGUGGUGUGUACUACACUACGUAAUGCAAUCUAUGACAGUGAUUCUCACGCAACUCAUUGUGUGUACCGAACCUGGAUCUCCAGACGCUACAACUCUCAUCAGCAAAAUUGGCAAAGCCCUCAGAUGGCUUCGAGAGAUAUCCAUCAAAGAUCCUAACUCUGGACGAGCCUGGCUUGUCUGUAUGCAAAUUCUCUCGCGACAAGGCGAGAAGUUUGCUUUUGAAUUUGACACGGAGCUCUAG